AUGCACUUCUCCUAUGUUUUCGUUGUGUUGUCCGUUUUGACUGGUGUUAGAGUUACAGCAGUAAUUAACACUGUUAACAAUGAUCACCAGUCGGCUGCUAUCUGUUGUGACAAGCCCUCUGUGGUUUGCAACUGUAACAUUAACACGGAUCAGUCCAGUUCAAACGUGAGUGAAGCCAUCGAGGCAUUAGAAAGGAAAGUGGAUCACCUUAUUUCACUAGUCAGUAACAGCUCUACUUCCAGCCCUGAACCUACAAACCCACCAGGUAAGCCCCAUUAAUCUUGCCUGCUCUUUUGAGCUUCGUAACUCAAAAUGUGAUCCUCAACAUGUUCCUAAGAAAGGGUGGAUUUGCAUAAGGCCGAUUUGGCUUUCUGGAUAAUUGCGAGAGAUAUGCACCUGUUGUUUAUCUCACUUGACUGACCACAGCAAAACCAGAUUCCUUCCUUAACGCGCCUAUUUUUGGAAGAACGGUAUAUGGGCCUCAGUCUUUUUAGCCGUUCAUCAUACGCAACAUUAUGCAAUCUAGAGUCUCAGGACCUUGUUUGUUCAAAUAUCUAACGUAGCAUCGCGAUUUUUUUUUUUUUUUAACGGAAGCUAAAAAGGUUAUUUCCCUGCAAAUCAUUACAGUUUUUUUUUUUAAGAAUUAUGGUCUUAUUCAUUUGAAAUAGUCAAUACACAACGUGCUAUAAGCCUUAAAUUUUUUUCAGUGGCUAUUAUGUUUAUUAAUUAGCCCCGUUUUCUCUUUACAGAUUACAUUAAUCCAUUCACUUAAUGAUCAUAUAUUUCACUUACAUUCUUUUUGUUAUUGUUGUUCAAUCUUUAAUUCACGUCUCCGUUCUGUUGCGCUGAAAGCCUGGUCGUUUUGUCUUUUUCAGGAAUUCCCGUUGCUUCAUGCAAAGAACAGUAUGACAAUGAUCCGUAAGUUAUAAAAGUGGAAACCUAGUUAGUUUGAUCGAAACAACUAUAUACAAAGAAUUAGUGUUUAAAAAUGUUUGAUAUGAUCACAUAAAAAUAAUAAUAAUUAAAAAAUAAAGAACACAUAGACACGACUGCAAAUCAUCUGAUUAUAAAAAUCCAGUUAAUUAACGGUAAUUUCAAAUGCAAAGGCCAUACGAAAUUUUUGAAGUAAUUGAACAGACAUCUUCGGUAACAUUUUGUUGCUUGAGCCCCAAAUCAACACUAAGAGAAGGAAAGUCGCAAACCAGCUAAACAAAUUUUUGAUUAACUCAUCGUUAAUGCAAAUUCGAUUCAGUGGUAUUGGCGUUCUGUUGAUUAACAGAAGUACCCUUUUUGAUAGCGUUUAUCACAGAACUACUUUAUAGACUCAAAUAAUUAAAUUACAUCACUAUGGCCAAAUGAUAAAGUUAAGUUCAGCUAGUGUGGGAUAAAAAAUAUUAAAAUUUUUAUUUUACGUUGAAGACUUACAGUACAGCUGAACAAAUAACUCUGACGAAAUAUCGACGAUCGAUACCCAGAUUAUAAAACAAAACAAAAUCUACGUGUUGUUUGUUCUAAUUUCUGACUUCAGUAGUGGGUACAAUACUUAUAACAAUUUUUAAAGAUCGUGUCCCGCUUAACUCUGUACCCUUUUUCAGUAACCUAUCAGGCGAGUCUUCAUUGCGUACCUUGUCGGAAAUACGUCAUACGCUUUGGACUGCACUUGCAGUCUUUAAUCAUAAUUUAUGUUCCUUCUCGUCCUUAGGAGCUCAAUCAGUCAGGUAUACAAUAUCAACUUUGGCUUACAAGAAGUUCCUGUGUUCUGUCACAUGGGAGAUUUUGGAUGCGGCGAUGGAGGUUGGACUCUAGCAGUGAAAAUAAACGGAUCCAAGGUAUGCUACAGAUCAGUGAUAUAUUCCAGUUGGUAGCAAACAUAACAAUGCCGGAUCCACGGAGAAGUCUGGGUGUGUCUUUCCUCCGAAUCUUCCAUCAAGCCCCCAGGGCUUAUUUAUUUCCAGCGCCUUUGAGGGGUAGGGGGUAGCCAAAAUUGGCCUAAAUGUGUCUCGCAAAAAAGCUGGGAAAGACAUUGAAGAAAAUAUCUUCUGAUUCAAAAUCGUGUAAAAAAUGAAAGUCGUCACAAUCAGUGGCAUCCACCUUCCUCUUCCUUCGCCUGAGUGAUAAUAAACGAUUUCUUUGGCAUUAAUUUUCAGAGGACAUUCCACUAUGAUUCUUUUCUGUGGAGCGACACGAACACAUACAACGUUGCAGGGGGAAAAACUGGCUUUGACAUGAAAGAGACCAAGUUGCCUUCCUAUUGGGCCACACCCUUCACAAGGGUCUGUCUCGGCAUGAGAAUUGGCCAGCAGGUAAAGUUCGUUCCGGUUGACAUGAAAGCCAGCUCUCUGCACUCUCUGAUCGCGGGUGGUGUCUUCCAGGCGACCUCUUUGGGUCGUGACAAGUGGAAAUCGCUGAUUGGCUCAUAUGCCUCCUUGCAGACUGGCUGCAAUCGAGAAGGCUUCAAUGCAGUAGCCAGUCAAAGCGAUUCGGCCAAAGCAAGAAUUGGUAUUCUUGGAAAUGACCAGGGAGAUUGCGUUACUUGUGAUUCUAGGAUUGGGUUUGGCACAGGAGGUCACACUGAUGAUUCCAACACUUGCGGGGACAACACUCCAAACGGAUUCACGUCUGAUAACGGAGGAAGAAACAUUAAAGCCAUGGGAUAUAUAUUAGUUCAGUAG